AUGGAAAAGCCAUCGCUGGCUACCGAACCUGAUGUGCAACAGCCUCUUCGCGCACCAGCAGAAGAACAACAUCAAGAGCACGGAGAAGCACCAACGCAAUCUAAUAGUGAUCGUCUCAUCCCAAAGAAGACAUGGCGCUUUUGGGCUGUGUUCCCAGCACUAUGCAUGACGACUUUCCUUUCGGCCCUCGAUACAUCCAUUCUCUCAACCGCCCUUCCCACAAUCGCCCUCGAUGUUAAUGCCGGCGAGCUAUACAUGUGGAUUACAAAUUCAUACAUUCUAUCAUCGACGGUUGUCCUGCCGCUGUUUGGUCAGACCGCAAACAUCUUCGGUCGGAGAUGGAUGUUGAUCAUCUCGGUUGUCAUAUUUGCCUUGGGGAGUGGUAUGGCCGGUGGUGCGAAUAACACUGGACUUCUUAUUGCAGGACGAACAAUCCAAGGCAUUGGUGGCGGUGGUAUCAACACACUCGUGGACAUCGUCAUUUGUGACCUAGUUCCCCUCCGCCAGCGAGGUAAAUAUGUCGCGCUCAUGGCAGCCGUGUGGGCAGUUGGAACGGUGAUCGGCCCCGUUUUAGGCGGCGCGUUCGCCCAGUAUGUCUCGUGGCGUUGGGUCUUCUACAUCAACCUACCGCUUUGUGCCGUGUCACUUCUACUGCUAGUGCUGUUCCUUCGAGUCACACACCCGCGUACCAAUAGCACCGUGUGGCACCAGCUCAAGCGUGUGGACCUCGUUGGUAAUUCCAUCCUUACAACUGCCAUUAUCUCAAUUUUGCUCGCCUUGACUUGGGCUGGAACAACGUAUGCCUGGUCUUCGUGGCGAGUUCUCUUACCUCUUAUCCUAGGGAUCGGGGGGCUGUUUCUCUUCUACGGUCAUCAGGUGUCACGAUUAUGUGCCGAGCCCUCGAUUCCCCUCCGGCUGUUCUCAAGUGGAACCGGGACAUGCGCACUGUGGAUUGCUUUCAUUCAGUCUGUCCUGCUAUAUUGGGUCGGAUAUUUCCUGCCAGUCUACUUCCAGGCUAUGCGUGGCUCGACUGCCACGGAAUCCGGGCUAUACGUGCUUCCUAUCACUGCCGCAAUUGCGCCUUUUGGCAUCAUCACGGGAGUUAUCAUCGCCAUGACUGGCAAAUACCGCAUCUUCCACUUCCUAGGGUAUAUAUUCCUCACUACCGCCAGUGGCCUCUUCUCGCUCCUGGAUGGCCAUUCCCCUGCUCGUGAUUGGGCUGGCUUCCAGAUACUCUUCGGCGCUGGUUCUGGCAUGAUCUUCUCUAGUACCCUACCUCCGAUUCAGGCAUCUCUGGCCGAGUCCGACGUGGCCACUGCAACCUCCACCUGGGCAUUUAUGCGCAGCUUUGGUUGCAUAUGGGGUAUUGUUGCUCCAACCACUAUCUUCAACGCACGUGUCCAGGAGCUGUUGUAUCGCGUCAGUGAUGUGUCUUUGCGCGCAAAGCUUGCUAAUGGCGGUGCAUAUGCCAUGGCCAGCGAAGGGCUGAUGCGGACUUUGCACAAUACUCCGAACCUUAUGGCGGAAGUGCUCAGUGUUUAUCAAGAUAGUUUGAGAUGGGUUUGGUGGAUUUCCAUCCCGUUUGGUGGUAUCGGGUUGCUUCUGUGUAUACCUAUUAAGCAACUGGAGCUCACAGAAGAUUUGCAUACAGAGUUUGGAUUACCAGAUGCUGCAACGAAUAGAGAAGGGUGA